AUGCGAACAGAACAUGAAGAACUCUGUGGCACCAGUUAUGGAUCUUUUUGUCUAAAUGGAGGGAUUUGUUAUAUGAUUCCUACUGUAUCCAGUCCAUUCUGCAGGUGUAUCGAGAAUUACACAGGAGCUCGUUGUGAGGAAGUUUUGCUGCCUGGCAUCAAAUCCCAAACAAAAGGUGACCUGUUUGCAGCUUUCUUGGCUUCCCUUCUUCUUCUAGGAGUUCUUGUAAUUGGAGCAUUCUACUUCCUUUGCAGGAAAGUUUCCAUGCCAAGGACAAGUUCUUCAGAGUGUGGUGCCAACCUAGGUGAAACUACAAGCAGCAAUGGCUGCAACAAAAUAACAACAGCCUAA